UUUCCAUCGGAGAUAGUCCGGUUGAACGGAGCCGUAAUAGCUGACACAUUUUCUCCGUGUAUCGAGCAAAUGCAGCCAAACUAAAAGAAGAAGAGCGUAAGAAACUUAACAAGUCUUUCUUGUUUGAAGUCAGAGCUGAACAGUCAUCAUGGUGGAUGAAGCUGACAUGCGCAAUGAACUAGCUGACCUGCAGACACGUGCAGAUCAGAUUGCCGAUGAGUCUCUGGAGAGCACUCGGCGUAUGCUGGCUCUGGUUGAGGAGAGUAAAGAUGCUGGCAUCAGAACUCUGGUCAUGUUGGAUGAGCAGGGAGAACAACUGGAGCGCAUCGACGAGGGGAUGGACCAAAUUAAUAAGGACAUGAAGGACGCAGAAAAGAAUUUGAACAAUCUAGGACAGUUUUGUGGUCUAUGUACAUGUCCGUGUAACAAAAUUAAGGGCGGGGGCCAAGCGUGGGGAGGGAACCAGGAUGGAGUGGUGAACAGCCAGCCAGGUGCUCGAGUGGUGGAUGAACGUGAACAGAUGGCCAUCAGUGGGGGCUUCAUCCGCAGGGUAGCAAAUGAUGCCCGGGAGAAUGAGAUGGAUGAGAACCUGGAGCAGGUGGGCAGCAUUAUUGGCAAUCUCCGUCACAUGGCUCUAGACAUGGGCCAAGAAAUCGACACCCAGAACUGCCAGAUUGAUAGGAUCAUGGAGAAGGCUGAUUCCAACAAGACCAGGAUUGAUGAGGCAAACCAGCGUGCUACAAAGAUGUUGGGCAGUGGCUAAACUGCAGCAAACAA